AUGUUUUUCUGCAGCAACGGCGACAUUGAACACAACUACCUCACAGCCAGGACUGUGAGGCUGGUGGAUGGAUCCAACCCCUGUUCUGGAAGAGUGGAGGUUCUCCACAAUGGAAUCUGGGGAACAGUGUGUGAUGAUUACUGGGAUUCUACAGACGCGGCAGUGGUGUGUAGAGAACUGGGCUGUGGGAGUGUUGUAGAGGCAAAGAGUUCCGCUUAUUUUGGACAGGGUUCUGGGCAAAUAUGGUUGGAUGAUGUCCAGUGCCGUGGGAAUGAAUCUACAAUGAAAAACUGUUCAUCAAGUGGAUGGGGAUCACAUAACUGUGGGCACCAUGAAGAUGCUGGAGUCAUCUGCCAAACAACAGCGACACUGAACACGACUACCUCACAGCCAGGAGUCGGAGCUGUGAGGCUGGUGGAUGGAUCCAGCCUCUGUUCUGGAAGAGUGGAGGUUCUCCACAAUGGAAUCUGGGGAACAGUGUGUGAUGAUUACUGGGAUUCUACAGACGCAGCAGUGGUGUGUAGAGAACUGGGCUGUGGGAGUGUUGUAGAGGCAAAGAGUGCUGCUUAUUUUGGACAAGGUUCUGGACAAAUAUGGUUGGAUGAUGUCCAGUGCAGUGGGAAUGAAUCUACACUGAAAAACUGUUCAUCAAGUGGAUGGGGAUCACAUAACUGUGUGCACCAAGAAGAUGCCGGAGUCAUCUGCCAAGGCCAGGCACAAACUAGUGCAGCACCACGGACAGCAACAGUGACAUUGAACACAACUGCCUUACAGCCAGGAGUCAGCGCUAUCAGGUUGGUGAAUGGAUCCAGCCUCUGUUCUGGAAGAGUGGAGGUUCUCUACAAUGGAAUCUGGGGAACAGUGUGUGAUGAUUACUGGGAUUCUACAGACGCGGCAGUGGUGUGUAGAGAACUGGGCUGUGGGAGUGUUGUAGAGGCAAAGAGUUCUGCUUAUUUUGGACAGGGUUCUGGACAAAUAUGGUUGGAUGAUGUUGAGUGCCGUGGAAAUGAAUCCACACUGAAAAACUGUUCAUCAAGUGGAUGGGGAUCACAUAACUGUGUGCACGAAGAAGAUGCCGGAGUCAUCUGCAAUGCUUUGAGUGACCCUUGUUCUGAGGUCAGCUGCACUGAGGAUGAAUGGUGUGGAGAGAAAAAUGGUGUUUAUGGCUGUUUCUGUAACGAGAGCCAUCGAAGACCUGACCCAGAGUCUUUUGAUUUCUCUGAGGUUUGUGAAAGCAGCUCUGGUUCCAUGUCUCUGUCUCGCUGUCAGCUCUUUGAGGCUGGUUUUCCUACUGACAGCUUACACCUCAAUGACCCCAGCUGCAAAGGAACAGUCGGGAAUGGCAGAGUGGAGUUCUAUUUUGACAACAAUGACCACAUCUGUGGUACAGGUCUUAUGGCCAAUGGCACCCAUUUCAUUUAUGAGAACUUCAUUUUCGGAACACCAGGCUCGACUGAAGGUCCCAUCAGCAGGGAGAGAAUUCUGAAGCUGAAUUUCAGCUGUAUAUACCCCCAAACCCAAACACUUUCUAUGAAUAUGGAAAUCAAUCCACUAGAGAGUAUUGUCCACAAGCAGCUUCCUGCUGGUCAAGGGAGAUAUCAGGUCAGGAUGGUUCCAUAUCAGGAUGCUGAGUUCUCCCAGCCCUUCAAUGGUAGUGUGAAUGUGGAGGUGAACCAGCAGAUGUUUGUGGAAAUUCGUGUUGAGGGGGUUGACAGCCGUCAGUUUGCCACAGUGAUUGACAAAUGUUGGGCGACACCUGAGAAUGAUCCUCAUCACUCUGUCCGCUGGGACCUUAUCAGUGGAGAGUGUCCCAGUCAAAAUGAUGUCACAGUGGAGCUACUACAGAAUGGAGUCAACAUAUCCAGCCAUUUCUCCUUCAGGAUGUUUGUCUUCAAUGCAAACUCCACUAAGGUUUACCUGCACUGUACUGUUUACCUUUGCCUUUUGACAGGAGAUCACUGCUCAACUCACUGUGACUCUGGAUACCACAGGAGAGAGGGCAGGUCUGCAGAAUUCCACGACAGUGCUUCCAUUUCCAUGGGUCCCCUGAUGUUGUCUGAAAGGAACUAAGAUAUUUAGGCCCCAUACAACAGAACAUAUCCAUGGAUUCAUGUCUAUGUGGUUCUUUGAUUAUAUUUUUUUGUUUCUCUGCUAAGUGUUCUGAGUGAAAUAUUUGUGCAAAGAAUAUUCAUUGUUUUAUAUACUUAUCUCUUUCUAAUGAACGUGAUACUGAUUCUACACUGCUACAAACUGGGCUUCUCAAUAUAUUGCAAAUCAUGCUCUUAAGAUAAUAAUUAUUGUUGCUUGUUUGUUUUUUUUAUGUUGGAGUAACAUCUGUUUCCCAAACUAGCAUGUAGAUUGUUCAUUGUUAAGUAGAGCUUAAGUGCAUCGUUAUGGGAGCCAUUUGAUACCAUUAAGGGCACCCAGAGGUUAAAUUUUCUUUUGGCAUUAAAGUGUGGGGCGGAAU